AAUAAUAUGUUGGUGCAAAAUCAUCGUCUCGGUCGUUGGUGAUAACGCAUAGCAGCCAUAUUUGUAUGUUAUGUGUAAGUCUAGCCUGUCUGCCGUCCGUUGUCUUUUAUGUAGUACAUAAUUAUUAAGAAAUUUUAUUUUGUUAGCGUAUCUUAGUUGCUCUGUUGAUCGAUUAGGACGUAAACGUCUUUUUACUUAGGUUAAACAUAUUCAAUCUGUGUAGUUUAAUUUUAUACAUAUUUUGUGUAACUGUAAAAAAACCUAGAUAUCGAAAAACCAGUUAUCACACAUAAGCUGUUAGCGAUUCCAUACUGUACUACGUUUUCCAAUAAUUAGAAGAAUAAUACGCCCCUAUUGUUGCUUUACAACUUAUUAUUUUGCCGCUGUCAAUUAAUUUUUAAGUAUUUUGUUUUAAUCUAUUGUCAAAGAAAAACUAAACAUGAGUCCUGAUUAUGAUUACCUGUUCAAAUUGUUGUUAAUUGGAGACUCUGGAGUUGGAAAAUCAUGUCUUCUUCUUCGAUUUGCAGAUGACACUUAUACAGACAGCUAUAUUAGUACAAUUGGAGUAGAUUUUAAAAUCCGUACUAUUAAAUUGGACAAUAAAACAGUUAAGCUGCAAAUUUGGGAUACUGCAGGUCAAGAGCGAUUUAGGACUAUCACUUCCUCGUACUAUAGAGGAGCUCAUGGUAUCAUUGUUGUCUAUGAUUGUACAGAUAUGGAAACCUUUACUAAUCUCAAACAAUGGCUUGAAGAAAUAUCUAGAUAUGCAUGUGAAAAUGUAAAUAAACUGUUGGUUGGAAACAAGUGUGAUAUGACUGAUAAAAGAGCAGUUGAUGAAGCUACAGCCAAAGAAUAUGCAGAUCAUCUCAAAAUUCCAUUUUUGGAAACAUCAGCUAAAAAUGCAACCAACGUUGAAUUAGCCUUUUUGACGAUGGCCAGUGAAAUUAAGAACCGAAUAGGUCCCCAAGAUGGUCAGUCUGUUGGUGGACCUGGUGGAGAAGCUGGAAAAGUGACUAUUGAUUCUUCAAGCAAGAAUGCUGAAACACAAAGUGGUUGCUGUUAAUAAAACUAAACGUAUGGACCAAGCAGAUAAUAUUUUUUUGUUUCUUACAAUUACUAAAACAAGCCAAAUAAACUGCUAUUUAAAAUUAAUAUGGUCGCUAAUUAAUAUUAUUAUAUAUUAUUUAAAGUAAAUUAUCCUCCUUUUAAAUGAGUUGUAAUAUAUUUAAUAUAUAUAUAUAUAUAUAUUGAUGAAUUAAUUUCAAU